UUUGCUUAUUCAACAAUGAUGAUUACAAUUUUUAUGGCAGCAGCAGCAGCAUUAGUAGUAGUAGUAGUAGUAGUAUCUGAAUCGAUUUCAAAUGUUAAUGCACAGGAAAUGACAAUGACAACUGUACCAUCGUCAUUAUCAUCGAUGGCCAAAACAACCACAUUAUUACAUAUGAAAUUAAUGGAUAAUGAUGAUGAUGAUGAUGAUCAUAAUCAAGAUCGAAUGAUUCGUCGUAGAUUGAUUAUAAGAAGAAGUCAACAACAACAACAACAACCACAAUCAACACCUCAGCAAAAAUUGCCAAUAACAACAACAACAACAACAACAAAUCUAGGUAGAUCUAUUUAUGGAUUACGUGAACCAUUCAGUUUUCAACAAGAUAAUGAUUCAGAUGAUCUAACAUCAUCGGAUCAACAACAACAACAAACAUUUGAAAUAACAAAAAAAAUGGACACAAUGUUUGAAUUGAUUGAAACUUCAUUCAUAAAAACAAUGGAAAGAAUUGAUAAUUUGGAAAGAAAAAUGGAAACAAUGCAAACAAAUUUUUUUGAGUUGAUUAAACAAAGCCAUAAAGAAUCGAUUAAUCAUGGACAUCAUCAUCAAUAUGAAUCAGAACCAAUAAUAAAUAAUAGUAAUAAUAAUAAUUAUCCAUCCAUUUUGAAUAAAAUGUACAGCAUUCAUCAACAAACAUAUCAGAUUUGUAAAGAUGCACUUGUAUUACCUAAAGAUAAUGUGCCAAAUUGUCCAACAAUGACCGCUGUUUGUUCAAUGAUAAGACAAUAUCGACAAGAUAAACAUAAUAAUGAUGGAUCGGAUUCAACUGUUACUGGCAGCAAUAAUAGUGGCAGCAGUAAUAGUGGUAAUCGAAGACAAGAUCUUGUUAUUUCAGCUGGAAAUGUUCAUCAUAAAAAUUAUCGUGAUCAUGUUAGUGAUUUAUUGUUAGACAAACGGCCAAUUGGCCGUAGUCAUGAAUCUGAUGAUGAUUUAGAUGCUGAAGCUAUGCGUGAAGUGUUUGGAUUAUUUGCCAAUUGGACAUUGGAUCAAUAUGUACAACGAAUGCAUCGUAAUGUUGCUGAAGAAUUGAAUGUAUUCAAUUUUCAAAUUAAAGAAAAAUUUCAAAGUUUAUUCGAAAAAUUCACCAAAAUGGAUAUGUUACUUAAAGUUAGUGAUCAAUUAUCGGCAUCAAUGUUGGACAUACGUGAUCAACUUUAUGAAGAUCAUCUGACAUUGGAUAAAUUGUCCGAUCGAUUACAAUCAUUAGAUCAACAACAAUCAAAUAAUAAUAAUGAUGAUAAGCAGCUAAAAUGUCCGGCAACCAUCGUCGAUGAUAAUCAUGAGACAAUGAAAAAUGUGACAAAUUUACAAAUCAAAAAUUUAUUAGAAGAAUAUUUUGAAAAAUUUCUUGGUCAUCUAAAUAAUUCAUUACCAUUGACAUCGGUGAAAACAUCAUCAAAACGACAAACAUCGACCGGUGUUAUAAAAUCUAAAAAUGAAUCAAGUACGACAGUCAAAUUUCUUAUAUACGAUACAGCUAAUGUACAGAAAGCUACACCUGCAUCGCCAAGUUAUAAAUCAAUAUCGAUCAAUGAUCAAACAGUUACUGCACCGGUAUUCGAACCACAAACACGAUCACGAUUACAGAAAUCUAAAUGUUCAAGAGAUGCUAAUGUAUUGUAUCCAAGUUCCUGUGAUGAAUUACGUCGUUAUGGUGCUACCUGUAAUGGUGUUUAUGUAAUAUUAACAUUUGGUUCAACUAUGAAACAUGUUUAUUGUGAUAUGGGUCAUAAUGAUGGUGGCUGGACAGUCAUAUUACGUCGUGGUAAAUUUAGUUCAUCCAAAUAUUUGCUUAAUUUUGAUCAAAAUUUCAAUCAUUAUCGUGCUGGAUUUGGUGAUAUGCAUGCCGGUGAAUUCUGGAUUGGUUUAGAUUAUGUUCAUCUGGUUACAAGUAAUGAACCACAUCUUCUUCAAAUUGAUCUACUUGAUAUUGAAGAUAAUUAUGUUUCAAUGGUUUAUGAUGGAUUUCUGAUUGGUGGCAGAAAUGAUGGCUAUCGAUUCUAUGUAAAAGGAAUACGAAAAGAUCUUCUACUAAGCAGUAAUCCAAAUUGGAAUAUAACCGAAUUAGCAUCGAUUGUAUUACGACAUAAUCGUACACAAUUUGUUACUGCCGAUCAUAUAAAUCCAAUACAAUCAUCAUUGCCAACAACAAUGGCGAAUAAACAGCAAACAUUUUAUCGUGAAUGUGCCACAUUGUUUCGUUCUGGUUGGUGGUAUAUUGCACCAUCAUGGUCAUCAUCAAUCUAUGAUAAUGUACCAUUAAUAGAUUCAUGUCGCCAUUUAAAUCAAUUUCAAUUAAUGGCACCAUUAAAUAUACAUCAUGAACAUUUAUCAGUCAAAUGGAAUAAUUGGCAUCAUGAUGAUGAUCAACAUACAACAAGACAAUUACGAUAUAUUAUGAUGAAAAUACGUCCAAAUAAUCGUUAA